UCGUCCCGCGUGGGAGCCGACCCGGCUCAGCCUGAUUUACGGCUCUGCUGAAAACCGCUCGCGCGGCUCCCGCAGCAUCAGCACCGGCGGCUGCAGCGGCAGCAACAAGUCGGGACUUUCAGAGGGAUGCAACAGACGACCUUUGAGGAAAGCCGGUACCGUUGGCAGGACUCGCUGGAGAAUGUCGCUGUGUGCCUGCCAUUCCGCUGCCCGAGGUGUGGAGACCACACCCGAUUUAGAAGCUUGUCGUCCUUGAGGGCCCAUCUGGAAUUCAGUCACAGCUACGAGGAGAGGACCCUCCUGACAAAAUGCAGCCUCCUGCCGUCUCUCAAAGACACGGAGCUAGUCAGGUCCUCAGAACUCCCGAAGCAGGGAAAACUGCUCCGGGGUCACGCAAAGGUGACCAAGCAGAAGCCGAGCUAUGUUAACUUGUACAGCAUCUCCCACGGACACGCCAAGGACCCGAAGCCCUUUGAGAUGGUGGCAGAGAGGCCCGUGUCCUAUGUGCAGACCUACACGGCCGUGGACAUUCGGGCUGACUCUCUGGAAGGCCCCCGAUCGAGCCCUGGACUCCCCACCCCAGACACCAAAGCUGCUUUCGAGGCCCACGUCCGAGAGAAGUUCAAUCGCAUGGUAGAGGCGGUGGACAGGACCAUCGAGAAGAGAAUCGAUAAACUCACCAAAGAGCUGGCCCAGAAAACCGCCGAACUGUUGGAAGUCCGGGCAGCCUUUGUGCAGCUGACUCAGAAGAAGCAGGAAGUUCAGAGGCGAGAACGGGCCCUGAACAGGCAGGUGGAUGUGGCCGUGGAAAUGAUCGCUGUGCUGAAGCAGCGACUGACGGAAUCUGAGGAGGAGCUCCUGAGGAAGGAGGAAGAAGUUGUCACAUUCAACCAUUUCCUGGAAGCAGCUGCCGAGAAGGAAGUUCAAGGAAAAGCAAGGCUCCACGACUUCAUUGAGAAUCUGCUUCAACGGGUAGAGUUGGCGGAAAAGCAGUUGGAGUACUAUCAAAGCCAGCAGGCUUCGGGCUUCAGCCGUGACACUACGGAGCAUGUGCUCACAGACAUCUCAUUGAAUAGGAAGCCCAGAUGUCUAAGCCGAGGGCACCCACAUUCUGUGUGUAACCACCCAGAGCUGAGGGCCCAUUUCCAUCUCAAGGGGAGGAGCUACCUGAAGAAAACCAAGGACGAAAGAGCCGGGAUGCAGCCUGCCAAGGCCGUUCAUGAACAGGCUGAGUCUCCGAGAGAGUUCUUCAGACCAGCUAAGAAAGGGGAGAAUCUGGGCCUGAGCCGGAAAGGCAACUUCAGGCCCAAAAUGGCUAAGAAGAAGCCUACAGCAAUUGUGAAUAUCAUCUAGAGUGUGGGUGGCUCAGAAGCAUCACCAUGAGCAUGGGGCAUGGGGGAUGAUGUUCCAGGGGCCUUUGGGACACGUUGCUGUAGGAAGACAUGGCAGAAUCAGGAACACAACACAUAGGGACACCCUGAUUAACCAGAGUUUUAAAAAGAGGGUCUCCGUGAACCAAGAUUGUAUUUCAACCUAAAUUUAGGUGCAAGCAAGGCAAAUUACAAAAAAUAAGAAAUAAGAAAGUAAAACUUGAAGCACUUUUAUCCCAUCGUUCUGGUAAACAUGAACCUGUAACUUCUAAAAUAAUUGGCCUGGUCUCUGGGCUUCUAUGCAGUGGUCAUUAGUCCUUGGGCCACACAAGACGCCAGGCUCUGGUGUCCACUGCUCUCUGAAUUCUGAGGCAAGGAAUGUGACUGUGAAGUUCUACUUUAAAAAAAUGUAUUAUUCAUAUCUAGUGUUUUGAGACAGGGCCUUGCUGUGCUAUGGAGCCCUGGCUGGCUUGGAACUUGACAUACACCAGGCUGGCUAUGAACUUGCAGUAGUCCUCCUGCCUCUGCCUCCCGAGUGCUGGGGUUACAGGUGUGUGCCACCACCCCUAGCUGGGAGUGUCAAGUUCUGGUGAGAGCAGUGAAAUAAAAGUUUUUUUUGUCCUUGUUUGUUUGUGUUUGGACUCCCUUUGAUACAUUUGAAAGUCUCUAUAAUAAAAGCUCUGGUUACCCUUAAGGAUUCGGGUGAAUCAAGACUUUAAUCUCCUGGGUGGCUUACCAGAUGUGUUCAGUUAGACCUCAGUUAGUUUCCACUUUGCCAGAUGGCUUUUAGGUCUGUCGGAUUCAGACCUGGGGUCCUUCAGAGCAUAUUCAUUCAGAUGUGGGCGCACCCCACCUGCCUCCUUUAGCUAAGCACGUUGCACCCCCAGAGCUGUCUUCCAGCCUCUGUCUAGACAGCUGCUAAAACCCUUGGGGUCAGCAGCAUCAUUGAUGUGGUGCCCAAGUGCUUGAUGUGCCAGAGGAGGGCACAUUCAGUGUACCAGGAACAUCCUGGGCAUGUUGCAAGGACGCCCAGCCUUCUGCUACUUCCUGCUUCCCUGGAAGUACCACCAGCUUGCUAUCUGUUAACCGUGAGCAAGCAUGCCCUUCUCUUUGCUGUCUUCCUUUUCCACCCGGAAGCUCACGUCACCUCCUGCUACUUCUAUGACUAGUGUACACUUACCUACCUGUCAGUCAUACACCUAGGGUGUUCACUGUGUGGUGCAUUCUAUUGUAAUUUCAGGGAAAAAAAAAGGAUGCAUGGGGGAUUUGACCUCUGACACUGUCCUCCCCAAAUGGUAUUGUCCCCAUAAAAGAACUCUCAAGAAUCUCCUGUCUUUAAAUUUUCUUCUAGAAGGAUUUUUCAACUUUUUCCUUGAAUUGCACAAUACCACCAGAUCUCUAGAGUGUACACAUGCUGACAUCCUUCUUAAAACAGGGAUAAUGUCCAUAGGUAUAUACAUAUAUAACAUAUACACAAUAUAUAUAUGUGGAGCAUAUUAAUAGUUUAUUUUUAAAUAUUCAUGGAAAAAGUCUGUGUUUGUGGUGGGUGGCUUUAAAACUGUAUAGCUUUGUUUCUGUAAAUCAAAUUCUUUUACUUUAAAAAUUAAAACUGUAACCUAAUUAACACUGGUAGAAUUAUUGUUAUUGCAGCACGCAUCUGAGGAGCAUUACAUUAAAAAUAGAUAAUAAAGCAGUGACUUAGGAAGCCAAUCAAUUGAAAAGGAUAUUUUCAGAUAUUUGGAGCCUAUCCUCAGGGAAAGGCUGAUGUUUGAGUCUUCGCCGACUUCCGGCUUCUGGAGGCAGAUCUUCCAUGUGGUGUAUGGGCAGAUACCAACUGGGGAAAUUCCAUAGCUGUGGCUCUCACUGUUGAGGCUGACAUUGUGAAAACUGUACUGCUGUCGUUUAUUUGGAUCAGCAAUCUCCUCUAUAGUUAUUUGUUAUUGAUGUUGAUAUCAUGAUUGCGUUUUAGCUUUCUCCACACUGACACGUGACUGGGUGGUGACGGUACUGCAUGCUCCCUGUCCUGUGGUGUGUGCUCAACAACAACAGCUUGGCUGUGAGGACAGUAUAGUCAGAUUGGUUUCCCAUUUUCUUUAAAGUAAUUCAUUUUGGGUGUUUGUUUAACAUGCCUAGAAGGAAUGACAGCCCUCUUUAACAGUGACACACGGUCAUCUUUGGAGAGCAACCAUAAUGUUGUAUCUACUCCGUAGACGUUACAUAAAACAAAUAGUUUUGAGAUUUAAUUACUAAAUUAAAAAAAAUCUUUUAAGUUUCAACUGGAUUCUGACCCCCAUACAAAGGAAAGGUAUUAAGUUCAACAGACUUCCUGGAGACAUAAAUCUGCUAUUGAGGUAUGGGAGCUGGUUCACAGAAGGGAUCAUUCACUCACAUCAUGGCCAAGUUCCAUUUAUGUGUUACCUGAGGCAAUCAAUCAACCUUAAAUUUGAGGCAGUGACUUUUUGAAUAAAUCGCCAAAGUUUUUAAGAAACCAUAGUCAAGGUUUAACUAAAGUAAAAAUUGAAUUUUAUUAUUUAUUUUGUAAGGGGAAAAGAUCUGUUGAACUGUUCUUUCCCCCCACCCUCUCCCCCAGCCCCCAAACUAGGAACAAAUUCUUAACUGUAAGUGUGGCUUGCUUGGAAGCUGUAUUCCAGUAUUCUGCAGGGCCAGUCAACUGUAUAGAAAGUUAGAAUAUUUCUGUUCGCAGGGUGA